AUGUCUGCAAUCCUGGCACUUCUAUACCUAUGUGAUCGCACUGAAGUGCUUCCGGAGGCAGAAAAAGUCCGUGAUCCUGCUCAGUUCUGGGGCGUUUGGGCGAUAAUCGUGGUGGCCUCUCUGUUCACCAUUCGAAAGUGCAAGGAUGCUGCUCCACUGUCAAGGGAGCAAACAGACGAAUGGAAAGGAUGGAUGCAAAUCAUGUUUCUCAUGUAUCACUAUUUUGAAGAGAAAGAGGUUUACAACGCUAUCCGUGUCUACAUCGCUGCGUACGUUUGGAUGACAGGAUACGGCAACUUCUUCCUGUAUCGCAAGGGUAAGAGCUUUACCAUACGCCGCACACUUCAGAUGCUUUUUCGAUUGAACUUCCUGGGCUUCGCUGUUUGCAUUGUCUUGCGAAAUGAGUACAUGCUGUACUAUAUCUGUGCCAUGCAUACCAUCUUCACGGUGUUCGUGCUGCUUGCAAUGUAUGUGCAGCACACAAUGAACACGUCUGGCAAAGUCCUUUGGGUCAAGAUCCUGCUGACAUUUGCGGGAACUCUGUUUUUGUAUGACGGGCCGGAUGUGGUAUUCCGUUUGGUGUUUGGCACGCUUCCCGGAAUAAGGCCGCUGUUUGCCUUUCACGACCCUUUACAUCCAGAGUUCACGGACGAAAUGCACGAAUUUCAUUUCCGAUCUGGCCUAGACCGCUUCAUCUGGAUAGUGGGCAUGGUCUUUGCUUUGCACUAUGAAGAUGCCGCUGCCUUCCUCGAGAAGCUCGACAGGUCUUCGUGGACGAAGGCAGUCGUGGCCCGAUCAAGCAUCCUCUUGGUGUCAGUGGUUGCUGGGGUAGCCUGGUGGUUUGCGGUGUUCUGCUUGCCGAAGUUGCAGUACAACAAAAUCCACCCUUACACGUCUUUCGUGCCUUUGACGAUUUACCUGAUCCUGCGAAACUUCACGACUACAUUGCGGCAAUACUACCUGCACCUCUUCGCAUACAUGGGCAAAGUCACCCUGGAAACGUACAUCUUUCAAUUUCACAUUUGGAUGCGAACAACAGGCCUCAACGGAUCGCCAAAGAAGCUCUUAGCCGUGAUCCCGGGCUACUUCUGGCCCAACUUUGUGAUUCUGUCAGGAGCGUACCUCUUCAUCUCUAUCCGCUUCUCGCAUCUUACAGGCGUGCUCCGGGAUGAGCUCAUCCCUGAGAGCCUCCAGUCCUUAAGCAAGAUUUGGACUAGCCUGUUGACUGUUUCAGUGCUGUGCUGGCUUGCGGCAGGGCUUUGCAAAGUUUAG